CUCUCGGAGUUACGCCAUUAAUUCCUCAACCAAGUCAAAAGAAAACAAAAAAACAAAAAAAACAAAAACAAAAAUGAGCGUGAUCAAUCCUAUAGGAACUCUACAUGUAAAGCCAACACUUGGUCUUCUACCACGAGCUGUUUAUCAUCGCAGUCAACAGAUUCAGGUUUUCCCGCCCAACACCUUCACGAACUCUUCUUUGAGUUCUUCACUUCGCAUUGAACCGAUUUCUCAAGUUGGCGGAUCGAGGAAUUUGUGGCGUAGUUAUGUAUCCGACAAGUUCUCGGAUAUGGGUUUGAAUCCUGGAGCUGAUUCAUUUGAGAUUUUCAGUGAAAAGGCUUCUAUAGUGGAUACAUUGAAGAAAGCAAACUCUGUUCUUCCUCAUGUGGUGUUGGCGAGUACAAUAUUAGCUCUUAUCUAUCCUCCUUCUUUCACAUGGUUUACAUCGAGGUACUUUGUACCAGCUUUAGGAUUCUUGAUGUUUGCGGUUGGUAUCAAUUCAAAUGAGAAAGACUUUCUUGAAGCCUUCAAAAGACCAAAAGCUAUUCUACUUGGUUAUGUUGGACAAUAUCUCAUUAAGCCUCUCCUAGGUUUCAUAUUUGGCCUAGCUGCUGUUUCUCUUUUCCAUCUCCCAACUCCAAUAGGUGCUGGAAUCAUGUUGGUUUCAUGUGUUAGUGGAGCUCAGUUAUCAAACUACGCAACUUUCCUAACUGAUCCAGCAUUGGCACCUCUCAGCAUCGUCAUGACAUCUCUAUCAACCGCUACUGCAGUUCUUAUCACACCAAUGCUUUCACUAUUGCUCAUCGGGAAGAAACUACCUGUUGAUGUAAAAGGAAUGAUAUCCAGCAUUCUCCAGGUCGUUGUCGCACCAAUUGCUGCGGGAUUGCUUUUAAACAAGUUAUUCCCGAAAGUAUCUAAUGCAAUCCGACCGUUUCUCCCAAUUCUAUCGGUUCUUGACACAGCUUGUUGCGUUGGAGCACCACUGGCAUUGAACAUAAACUCGGUCAUGUCUCCGUUUGGAGCCACCAUUUUAUUUCUAGUAACAAUGUUUCAUCUCGCUGCUUUCCUCGCUGGAUACUUCCUUACUGGUUCCGUCUUUAGCAACUCUCCAGACGCAAAAGCCUUGCAAAGAACAUUGUCCUUUGAAACUGGAAUGCAGAGUAGCCUUUUGGCUCUAGCACUUGCCACUAAGUUCUUUCAAGAUCCUCUUGUGGGGAUUCCUCCUGCUAUCUCUACGGUGGUAAUGUCAUUGAUGGGUUUCACUCUCGUUAUGAUCUGGUCUAACGACAGAAAGUAAUAACAUUUAAACAAUGUAAUUUUUUGUAUCACUCCGCAUUUUGAUUAUACAUAUAUCUACCACGAACAUUUGGAACUUCUUCUUGUAAUAUAAAUCAAUCCAGUGUUUGAGAUUUAAAUUUACCAA